AUGGUUUUUGAUGUGGACAAAGCUGGGGCAGAGGUCAACGGCAAUGGUGCGGUGAAUGGGGUUGUUGACCCGAAUGGCCCGGGAGGAAAAUAUGGGUAUCGACUUGGUCAUACCAAAGAUGGCUACACGGUCCCGGACUUUGUUCUUGACGAUCCGGGGAACCGAAAGGUUAAGGUGCUUACCAUUGGUGCCGGGGUCAGCGGCAUCCUCAUGGCAUAUCUGCUACAAAAGCAUUGCGAGAAUGUCGAGCACGUCGUGUAUGAGAAAAAUGGUGAUAUAGGUGGAACUUGGCUUGAGAACCGGUACCCUGGCUGUGCCUGCGAUGUACCAUCCCACGCAUACACAUAUGCGUUUGCGCUCAACGCCGAUUGGCCAAAAUACCUGAGUGCUUCAGAUGACAUCUUUCGAUACCUGACCCGGGUAGUCGAGUGUUUCGGGCUGCGCCAGUACAUGAAGUUCAACCAUGCCAUCCGGGCCGCAAAGUGGAACGAAGACGAGGGGAAAUGGCAUGUGACGAUUCACAACUACGACACAGACGAAACGAUUGAAGAGACCUGUGACAUAUUGGUCGCAGCCAAUGGCCUGUUGAACUCGUGGAAGUUGCCCGACGAGGUACAAGGCCUGAAGGACUUCAAGGGCAGGUUGCUGCAUACCGCCAGAUGGCCUGAUGAGUAUGGUGCAUCCCAUUGGAAGCACGACCGAGUAGCGGUGAUCGGAUCUGGUGCUACGAGCAUUCAGGUCGUGCCAACGCUACAGCCACAUGUGAAGUCUAUGGACGUCUUCGUCAGGACACCCGUGUGGUUUGCUGAGAUUGCCGAUCAUUCAGGGGACAACUUCGAUUAUACGGCUGACGAAAGAGAGAGAUUUAAACACGACAAUGCUGCACUCAUCAAUCAAGCAAAGACCAUCGAGGGAAAACUGAAUACCGCCAUGGGCCUCAAAGCCAUGAUGACAUCGAGCGCAGAGGCCAAGGUCGUCCGAGACUAUUUCACGAAACGUAUGCGGGAACACAUCCAUCGGGACGACAUUUACGAACAGUUGAUCCCAAGCUUCUCGCCCGGCUGUCGACGUCUUACGCCCGGCAAUCCCUACAUGAAGGCUAUCCAGGAGCCCAACGUGACGUUGCAUCGCUGCGCCGUUACAAAGGUGACACCAACCAGCGUCAUUGGGGCCAACGGCACCGAGGUCGAGGUCGAUACCAUUAUCUGCGCCACUGGAUUCGAUGUUAGUUACAAGCCCAAGUAUCCCGUCAUCGGCCGCAACGGCGUCUCGCUCCAAGAGAAAUGGAAGACCAUUCCCGAGGGCUAUCUCGGCCUCGCCGUGCCUGACAUGCCAAACUACUUUGUGUUUCAGGGCCCGACGUUUCCCGUGUCGAACGGAUCGGUCAUGGGUCCUCUCCAGUCCGUGGGACAGUACAUUGUGCAGGUGAUCCAGAAGAUGCAGAGGGAUCAUCUCCACUCCCUCACCCCGAGGCAGGAUGUCACCGACGCCUUCAACGAGCACGCGCAGGCGUGGAUCUCGGGGACCUGCUGGGCCGAGACCACCUGCCGCAGCUGGUACAAGAACAACGAGACCGGCAGGGUCAACUCGGUCUGGCCCGGCAGCUCCCUGCACUACUGCGAGAUGACGAGCUCUCCGCGCUUCGAAGACUACGAGAUCAAGUACGAAAACAAGCAGAACAUGUGGGCGUUCAUGGGCCUGGGCUUCACCAAGAAUCAAAUGAGGGACGAUGGGGACCUGAGUCCCUACAUCACGAGCGAGGGGCUGGAGAAGAAAUUCUACUCCUUUGUGUUGAGCGAGGAAGAGGAAAAGAGGAUUGCGGCACGGAAGCUCAAGGUCAGGGAGAUCUUCUAG